CUUCCAGAGUCGGCCAAAAAACCCUUCUCAAAAUCAAAAAUCGCUGUUCUUCACAGAGCGAACUUUAACUUCAUAAAUUCAAUAAUUAACCACCUCUAAUGGCGGAAAAGCCUCAACCGGUUCAAGUUCCAUACUGUGGUGUUUGUGGGUUACCCGCUGAGUACUGCGAAUUUGGACCCGAUUUCGAAAAAUGCAAGCCCUGGUUGAUUCGAAACGCACCGCAACUUUAUCCAGAUCUUAUUCAAGAAUCAAAUUCGAAGGAAGCUGAUGGAGUUUCAGAUCAGCUUCAGUCCUUUUCGAUCACGGAUAGCACUGGACCUUCUGGUUCUUCGGCGCUAAAGCAAGAGCCAGUAAAACGACUUCCAGGUGGAAAGAUUAAAAAGAAGGAUAAACAAGAAGUUAUAAUCGAGAAGGUAACACGCAACAAGCGUAAAUCUAUCACCACCAUCAAAGGUCUCGAGCUUUUUGGUGUUAAAUUGAGUGAUGCUUCAAAGAAGCUUGGAAAGAAAUUUGCUACUGGAGCUUCGGUUGUGAAGGGUCCAACUGAGAAAGAUCAAAUUGAUGUACAAGGAGAUAUUGCAUACGACAUCGUGGAAUUCAUUACAGAUACAUGGCCGGAUGUUCCGGAAACAGCGAUUUUUUUCAUUGAAGAUGGGAAAAAGGUUCCUGCUGUGUGAUUUUUGGAAGCCGGAUCCGAUGUUUCUUUUGGAUUGACGGCCAGUCUUCCAGAAAUGCUUCAACCGUAACGAUUGUAAGAAAGAAUCGUUUUGUUGUUCACAAAUAGUUUCUCCAAUACCCUGUUGAACACUUGUUAUUUCUGGAAAACAUCCUUUGAUAAACGAUGAUGCCAUAAUGUAUGAUUCUGCACCUCAUCCAUAGUUACCAUUACCAUUUUAUGGGUUUUUCAGGAGAAGAAACAAAGAUGUGAUUGUGGUUUCCAUUAACUUGUUCUUGGAAAAGAACCUUAGGGGCUAUUUAGUUGGCUUUUCAUCAAGUCAUGUAUGAAUAAAGCUGUUGUAUGGAUUAUUUGUUGGGAAGAUUUUUGUUUGCGAGGGGG